AAGGUUCCAAGCCUGAGCAGUGCGUCAAACGUUGCGUCAAACAUGGCCCUUUCAAAAGAAUACACCAAAGAACAACUGAACUACUUCAGAAUUUGUUAUGUAACCACUGAUAUCCUAGCUGAAGGCCUCAGAGAGGUUUUUAAACGUGAAUGGGACAAUCAAUACAAAUCAACACCAUUGGGAGAAUGGAAAGAUGUGGCCCAAAAUGGAACGGACUUUUACAACAGCGAGUCUCCAAGAAAUCAAAGAAGAAAUACUCAUCUUUUGGCCACCAUUAUAAAUGGAAAGAGAGUGGGAUGGGAUUGCACAAUGCUGUUUUACGCCAUCCUUUACUCUGAUUGUGUCGGGCCCUACCUUGCAUCAACAGUCAGAAAAAAUGUGGAUGAUCUUAGAAAGUUUAGAAACGAGGAAUUCGCCCACAUACCACAGGGAAGUCUCCCUGAGAUGGAUUUUCAGAAUGCCAUUGGCAAAGUUCAUGUUGCGUUUCAUGCGCUUGGUCUCUCUACUGUAAAAAUUGAUGAGAUAAAAAAUCAGAAAACUUUCCCAACCGACGAAUUACAUAAAAUUCUGAAAGAGGUUGACGAUGUUAAGCAAGAACUUCAAGAAAAAGAGAACCAGCGCCAGGUUCUUGAAGACCAGCUUCAGAAAGAAGCGUCUUCAUUCUGUAUUCUCCCUAGUAAACCGACACACGAAAUUGAAAGCCGUGAAAGUGAAGUAGCACAAAUAGCCUGUCAACUGAGAGAACUAAAGAAGGCCAAUGAGAACCGAUUGAGUUAUUUGUACAUCUCAGGGAAUCCCGGAAGUGGCAAAUCACAACUAGCUGGCCUCAUAGCUCAAAAAUUCUUUGAUGAAGUGAAAGAAAUACCAGGCACUUCCUUCUUUGUGAUGACCAUAAACGCUGCCAGUCAAGACUCACUUUUGGAGUCAUAUGCCAACUUUGCUCGUCAGUUAAAGUGCCCAGAAUAUUCAGUGAUGCAAACCUUGAGCUCUAAGGAUUGGAACAUUGGGGACAAGAUUGCCAAUCUCAAGAUGCUUAUUGCUGCAAAAAUUGGGUGUUACACGUCGUGGCUAUUGGUCGUGGACAAUGUGACUACACAGACUAUUGUACAUGAUCACCUACCACAGUCUGGAACCGAGACGUGGGCAAGAGGUCAGUUGUUAAUUACAAUCCAAGAUACAAAGUCCAUCCCAUUAAAAAGCUCUUUCAUCAAUCACAUUUCAGUAAGCAAAGGAAUGAAUCCUAACGAUGCCACUUCCUUAUUGGCCAAGCUUUCUGGGGUCUUCGAUAUCGAGCUAGGGGAAAUUGUUGCCCAGAAACUGGACUAUCAGCCACUUGCUUUAGCAGGCGCGGCCGUGUUUGUAAAAGACAUUCGACAGGAAAAAGCAUCGAAGCACUUUGGCUGGGACGAAUACCUAAAGAUUUUAGAAAAAGGCAAAGGAGAAACGACCGAGAAUACCCUUGCUGAUACCAACCCAAUUUAUCCAAACACCAUGACUACAGCAAUAACGUUAGCUGUCGAAACACAAAUCAAAUCCGACAAGGUUUUUGAAUAUCUAUUCAAAUUUCUUUCCCUGUGCGCACCACAACCAUUAAACGUUGACAUAGCGGUCAGUUGCCUUAUAAACGUUCUUGAACUGGACAAAGAGGACAAGGAACACAUUCGUAGGAGAUUCAGAAAAUGUUCACUGCUUCUUUUAGAGGAAGAAGAAGAUGGUUGCUGCUACAUUCGUGUACAUCAGGUUGUGUACUACGCAAUGAAAUGGGUGAUGAGUGACUAUGGAGAGAAUCAAACGCUCAAGGUUGUAAGUGAAGCUGUUAAGUCAUUUAACAACUUCAUAGUCACAAUUCCACCCGAAAAUAGAACAAUGGACACCAUGCACAUCAUUCCGCACGUACGUGCCCUUAUUGUGCCAGUUAAUACAAUCAUUACGGCAGAAAAUAUGUCUCAAGUCCAUGCUCAGGACAUUUCUGAAAAAUUGUCGAAUCUUGGCGACAUAUGUAAAAUGCACUGUGAAUUUAAUGUGGCAAAGACAUACUUCGAAAACUCUCUCAAUGUUCGCAUCAGGCUAUUGGGUGACCAAAACGUGGACGUUGCAGCAGCGUACAAUCAGUUAGCCCAAAUUUACCACGACUUAGGCGACCUUGAACAAGCAAUGGAGUAUCAGCAACGUGCUUUAUCCAUCCAACUCAAGAAGCUUGGUGCUGAACACGUUUCUGUUGCAACAAGCUACAAUAAUCUAGCUUCAAUUCACAAGGACUUAGGUGACCUUGAACAAGCAAAGGAGUAUCAGCAACGUGCUUUAUCCAUCGACCUCAAGAAGCUUGGUGCUGAACAUGUUUCUGUUGCAACAAGCUACGGUAAUCUAGCUUUAAUUCACCAGGACUUAGGUGACCUUGAACAAGCAAAGGAGUAUCAGCAACGUGCUUUAUCCAUCGAACUCAAGAAGCUUGGUUCUGAACACGUUUCUGUUGCAACAAGCUACAAUAAUCUAGCUUCAAUUCACAAGGACUUAGGUGACCUUGAACAAGCAAAGGAGUAUCAGCAACGUGCUUUAUCCAUCCAACUCAAGAAGCUUGGUGCUGAACAUGUUUCUGUUGCAACAAGCUACAGUAAUCUAGCUUUAAUUCACAAGAACUUAGGUGACCUUGAACAAGCAAAGGAGUAUCAGCAACGUGCUUUAUCCAUCCAACUCGAGAAGCUUGGUGCUGAACAUGUUUCUGUUGCAACAAGCUACAAUAAUCUAGCUUUAAUUCACCAGGACUUAGGUAACCUUGAACAAGCAAAGGAGUAUCAGCAACGUGCUUUAUCCAUCGACCUCAAGAAGCUUGGUGCUGAACAUGUUUCUGUUGCAACAAGCUACAAUAAUCUAGCUUUAAUUCACCAGGACUUAGGUGACCUUGAACAAGCAAAGGAGUAUCAGCAACGUGCUUUAUCCAUCGACCUCAAGAAGCUUGGUGCUGAACAUGUUUCUGUUGCAACAAGCUACAAUAAUCUAGCUUUAAUUCACAAGAACUUAGGUGACCUUGAACAAGCAAAGGAGUAUCAGCAACGUGCUUUAUCCAUCCAACUCAAGAAGCUUGGUGCUGAACAUGUUUCUGUUGCAACAAGCUACAAUAAUCUAGCUUUAAUUCACCAGGAUUUGGGUGACCUUGAACAAGCAAAGGAGUAUCAGCAACGUGCUUUAUCCAUCCAACUCAAGAAGCUUGGUGCUGAACAUGUUUCUAUUGCAACAAGCUACGGUAAUCUAGCUUUAAUUCACAAGGACUUAGGUAACCUUGAACAAGCAAAGGAGUAUCAGCAACGUGCUUUAGCCAUCGAACUCAAGAAGCUUGGUGCUGAACAUGUUUCUGUUGCAACAAGGUCCAACAGGCUACAGUAA